AUGCACUUUACUGCCUUUUCUGGUUACGCGCUUCUUGUGUGGCUGACCACCGCACAAGAUACCGCAACCGACCCGGGCGUCACUGGUCCUCCAUUGGAGAUUGUCCACCUGUAUUACGACCAGUGGCCCACAGAGAACACAAACAAUGGCAGAAACGCCAAAUACGCCGUCGCCGAGCUCUUUGCUAACAACACUGAACGGCCAUACCCGAGUGCGGAGGUCAACAAUCCUCCCGGGGGUGCCAUCAACUACACGACCAGCCCACCUAGCGGCACCAACUACCAAGACCACCUGAUCGGUGUCCAGAGCGUCGUAAUCGACGCCCUCGACCGCCUCUGGAUCCUCGACACGGGCCGGGCCCAGACGGCCGACGGCACGCUCGUCCCAGCCUCGCCGGGAGGACCGAAGCUGGUCGGCGUCGACCUGGCCACGGACACGGUCUUCAAAACCAUCGUCUUCCCGCCCACCGUCGCAACCCCUUUCUCCUACCUCAACGACAUACGCUUCGACCUGCGCACCGCCAAUUCUUCCGAAAACGGCGGCGGCGGCGGAAGCAGCGGCGGCAUCGCGUACAUGACCGACUCCUCCAACGAAGGCCGCAACGCCAUCGUCGUCGUCGACCUCGCGUCCGGCGCCGCCUGGCGCCGCCUCGACGGCAACCCGGGCGUGCGCGCCGAGCCGCAGUUCGUCGCGCACGUCUGGGGCGAGCCCAUCUACGACGCGUCGCCAGGCGGCGGCGGCGCCAGCUACCUUCCCACCGGCGCCGACGGCAUCGCGCUGUCGGCCGACGGCGGCGAGCUGUUCUGGGGCCCCGUCGCCGGGCGCGCCCUGUACGGCGUGCCGACGGCGCGGCUGCGGGCGCGGGGCGGCGGCGGGAGCACGGCGGAGGUGCUGGCGCAGGCGAGCGUGGUGCGCCGCGGGCAAAAGGGCGUCAGUGAUGGGUUCGAGACGGACUCGAACGGGCUGGUGUACGUGGGCAACAUGGAGCAGAACGCCGUCAAUUGGUACAGUCCGGCCAACGGGACGACCGGCGUCUUCGUGCGGGACCCGCGCAUCAAUUGGGUCGAUACGUUGUCCAUAGCAGAAGACGGGUACCUAUAUUUCACCGUCAAUCAGCUCUUCCGCGCUCCGAUGAUCUAUCCCGGCACCGAUAGGCGCGUGCGGCCGUAUGUGCUCUUUAGGGUCAAGCUGCCCGACGGUGGAAGCAAGGUCCUGCUCCGUUAA